GCUCUUUUUAUUAUUGUAAACCGGAGCGCCUGCGAACUGAACAGAGAGCAAGGUCCGUGUUGUGUUUCGAUAGGUGGGCGGAAGGGGUAUUUAAAAAUAAAAAUAAAUAUAUCGAAAUAUAUUUAAAAAGGCUUAUGAAUACAGGAAGUCACGCGAUAUUUAUUGAUUAGAGCUAAUACUAUUAUUAUUAUUAUAAUCCGGGUGGCGAUUUUUCUUUUAGUUUUUUUAGAAUCGCCAAUAGCCUACUGUCUGUGCGUUUCCUUGUACGGUUUAACGCAAAUUCACAUAUUUACUAAUAACAGAGAUAAUUAUAGACGUCACUACGUGUAUUUUGUAGAGAAGUCGUUGUCGUGAUUGGUCAUUUUUUAAGUUGUCAGUUUCGAAUCAUUUCAAACGUCCGUGUGACAUUUUCUCUCUUCUGGAAAAAUAGAUUUGUACAGAUUGAACUUCUGCGUGUGUGUGCUGCUCAGCCAACAUAAGAGACACUUCAAAUGCUUUGCAUGUGGCGAGACAGUAUUAACAACUAAUAUCAAUAGGUUAAUAUUGUGCAGGAUUCUGAUAUGAAUCAUUAAUGACAAAUUAAUUACUAUUUGAAUGAAUAGCACGACCACAUUACUGAGCGAAGGAAAGUUAUAAAAUACAAUGCGGGCAACUAACUAAAUACAAUACGUAAAAUAAAUACUGCUUUAUUAUUAUUAUUAUUAUUAUUAUUAUUAUAUUGCCGCUGUCGGGGUUUGAACCUUAGAACUCGUUUGAUUUGGAAAUUACGUCAAUGAUUGCACACACUAAACCAAACUGGUGGACCAGCAUUAGCAGUAUAAAUUAAACACUGUUUUCGUAUCCUUGUUUUGGCUAUACUGUUUUAAAAAUCGUUAAUAAAAAUGAUCCGUUUGUCGGGUCGAGUGUGGAGCCGCGCCGAGUCGUGCUGUCAGUUCAUGCCGAUUGUGAUCAACACGUUCCUGGUGCUGGCCAUCACGGCCGAAGUGAUGUAUUUGGUUGUGGUGGAGGCGCCCCGGGACCCGGGAGAGAAGCACGGCGAGUGGAGCGCGGUGUGGAAAGCGACGCACAUCGCCUCCCAGCUCUUCAUGCUGGGCAACAUCAUGUGGAACGCAAGGCUGUUUCUGAAGAGGAGCCCCAGCAUUCGGGGCGUGUUUCUCGAAGGAGCUGGAUUCGGGCAAGGCUGGAAGUACUGCUACAGCUGCGAGACUCACAUCCCUCCCCGCUGCUCACACUGCUUCGACUGCAAGGCCUGUGUGCUUCGACGGGAUCACCACUGCGUUUUCUUCGGCCAGUGCGUGGGCUUUCGAAAUUACCGUUAUUUCCUGAGCUGUCUGCUGUACAUGAGCGCGGGGCUGCUGUACGCUGUGGUGCUCAACUCGGAGGUGUUCAUGCUCAUUCUUCAGGAGGGCCUCACCCUGCACAGCACCAUGCUGCUGCUGAUGCCCUGGAUCAUGCUGGUUAUCGGUCAGGUGACCCCCCGUGCGUUCCUCUUCGCCUUCAUCGCUGACACCUGCGUGGUGGGCUGCCUGUGUGUCUCUGCGUUCCUCCUCUUCCACGUGACUCUGAUGCUCCGCGGGCAGACCACGCGGGAGUGGUACUCCAGCCGCCGGCCGUACAGCCUGGGCUGGCGCCGGAACGCGUGCGAGUGCCUGGGGCAGCGCUGGUACCUGGCCUGGCUGUGCCCGCUCAUCCCCUCACCCCUGCCCGGCGACGGGAUCCACUUCCAGGUCACUGCCCCCCUGGCUGAGACCCCCAGUACUGCAGCUCCGGGGCCCCCCAGAAACUAGCCCCCUUCAGCGGGGACCAGCCGCAGCUUCACUCCUAGAACUGUAUUGUGAGCAACCCAGGCAAACGGCAUGGAGGACUGUGGGGGUCAGUUUACUGAUCUGAGCACUAGUGGAUCUUAAUAUCAUCAAGAAAAGAGACAGUGACAAAGAGUUCUGCUCGAAACGUCUGUCACUGAUUUAAUUUUCAAGUUCCAAAUUCAUCACCAUGUUUGCUGUUGGCUACAAUUACUUUAGACAAGUCUGUGAUGCGAGAGGCAAUCUGGUUAUGCUGUGGGAAUGCUAUCCCAAACUUUAAGCUGAGGGAACACGAAGCCUCUUGUGCAGGAACAGCGGCUUGAAACCUGGAACCAGGAGACCUAGUUUGAGGUUCCUGUAUCAAACCCCAAGUCUCCCCUGGAGUGCCGUGCAGUGGCCUGAAACCUGGUCUCCCGAAACCAAGUUCCAAGCCACACAGCGGCUCUGUGUUCCCAGCUUUAGUGUUUCCAAAUUUAGCACCAUCAAGUGUUUAAUAGUUAUGGAUGAUCUAACACCGCCAGCAUUGAAAUAAUCAAUAUACUCAAUCUGGCAGCUAAGACAAGCAGCUCAGUGCUGUCGGCCCUCUGUGUCGGUCUCUCCUCGCUCAUUGAGUUUGGUGUUACGCACUCAGAACCAUUGUGUAGCCGCUGUCAGAUUGAAGACAUCAGGUGGCCCUGGCGGGGUUAUAAAAACAAAGUGUUUAUUGUGCUGCCUCUCAAGACCCAAACUUCUAGUCCUUGUGAAAAUCCUCUUCUGUAGUCUGCGAUGGGGAGAAGAGGAGAGAGAGUCAGCUAAUAUAAUAUAUGUAUAUAUAUAUAUAUAUGUAUUGACUACCCCGCACCUUUUAAUUAUCUCUACAAUCACUUGUUGGUUCUUUUGCAGUUACUACAUUUGAAAGUGUAUCUCGUGGUCUGCCACUUUGGAAUCAAAUCUGCUUUUCCUGGCAGUACACUGCUGUGCACUAGAUGGCGCUGGUGCUUACUAAUGGAGCUUUGGCUGAUCUAGCCUGUGGUACAGAUGUCUAUGGCAGACAAUUAGAACUGGAGAGAAGCUCCUGAACUCUUAGCACAGACUUAUCAAACAUGUAAAGAGAAAAAAGCAAUCGGAUUCUCACUAAGACCCACUCGGAAUGAUUGCAAACAUGAGGAAAAGGUAAAGGGACAGUGAGACCAGUGUGCGCACACACACCCACACACACACACACUAACACACACACCGAGACACACACACACACACACACACACACACACACACCGAGACACACACACACACACACACACGAGACACACACACACACACACACAGACACACACACACACACACACACACACACACACACUAACACACACACACACACACACUCACAGACACACACACGAGACACACACACACACACACACUAACACACACACACACACACACACACAGAGACACACACACUAACACACACACACACACACACACUAACACACACACACACACUAACACACAUAGACACACACUCACACACAGAGACACACACACACACUAACACACACACACACACACACGAGACACACAGAGACACACACUCACACACACACACACACACAGAGUCACACACACACAGAGACACACACACUAACACACACACACACACACAGACACGCACACAGACACACACACACAGAGUCACACACAGUGACACACACACACACAGUCACACCCACUGACACACACACACACACAGAGUCACACACACAGAGUCACACACACUGACACACAGACACACACACACACAGAGUCACACACACACACACACAGACACACAGAGACACACACACACACACUAACACACACACACAUACACACACUGACGCACAGAGACACACACACAGACACACAUACACACACAGAGACACGCACACACAGACACGCACAGAGGUACACACUAACACACACACAGACACACACACAGAGUCGAACACACUGACACACAGACACACACACACACACACACACACUAACACACAGAGACACAUACACACACAGAGACAGACACACACAGAGACACACACACACACACAGAGGUCCUCACAGUCAUGUAAUAAUUGCUGAGCACCUGAAGGGUUACAGAUAUUUGUUUACAGAUUGAGAGUUUAUCGGAUUGCUCUCUGAAACGUCUAUAGGAGGGGAGGGGGGGGGGGUGGUGCAGAAUCAAGGCAGUUAUCGUGGUCACUGUGUGGAGUGUGACAGGCAGAAGGCAACUUGUUUUUGCACUGAGUGGUUUACAAGUGACAGAUCUCAUUCCCAAGAGUUAAACAAAGUCUCGUUUCAGGUCGUCAAUACGGGUUUUCCUGCAGAUGACUGAAUCCAUAAAAGACUGUACUUUUCUAGUUGUCUUAAGAAGCAACUACAUUAUCUUAAUCAACUCCUGCUUUGUAGUCUAUUCACCAAACACACACAAACACAUAUAUAUAUAUUUUGGAGGGAGCAAUGCUUUCGUAUGCAUUUAAAACUGUGCAGUACUUGUGCCAACUUAAAGUUUCUUUCUAAUAUAUUCAAUUGUGCGUUUCAUUAUUUCCAUGUGAGGUGCUAGUUUAAUGAAGACUUGUUUUCAUA